AGGCGAAAGCGAAACUUUAGGAGAAGGGAUACAGAAGCGCUAAUGAGAAGACAGAGUUGCAACAGGCAAACGUUGCAUCACCAUCUGCCGAAACCUGACAUCUUGCGCAGUUUAUGGCCGAUUUCAAUGAUCUUGAUAACAAUGCAAGGCUCAGGGAUGUUUCUCGACCCGUCACAUCCAGUGGGGUGGCAAAUGCCUAUUGGAUAGCGCACGGUUAAAAAACAACAAAAAACAAAACAAAGUCUACUAAUGAACAGAUUUUUUUUACAAAACAGCAGAAAAACUUGUGGAUACGAUUUGCCGUUCGCAACCAUUAAGCCUAAGUCUUUGCUUAGUUCUAGUUGUAAAUUAAACUAAGAAAUGUGAGCAUUUUGUUAAUAUUUAGUAUCCUUGUAAUUUAUUUUAAGUGUAUAUUACGGUUAUAUUUAGACGUUAAGAAAUGAAUUUAGUACACUGGAUGUUGCGUGUGCAGGUGGUAUAAGUUAUAGGGCCAUAAGAAACAGGUUUGUCUCACUAUUGUUCCUCGUAAAUGCUGGAAAACUGUACUAAAACUACUGUCGGGAUGGCUGUUCUAGUGAGUUAGUCAGCCUGUAAUACAAAGAAAUAGCCUGCAGACAUUCCACGGAGCAAAGACAUGCAUCUUUGCAUCAUGAGCCAGUGACGGCGAGCUAUCUCUUAUUUCCGAGAACGUUUCGUGCGCUAUCGCUCCAAAGACUCGCCCGAGAGGAAAGAUUUCAGUGUAGGGUAUUUGCUGUGAGAAGCAGGGUCUAUUAUAGUGUAAGACGGUAGAGACGGUGUCGUACUAGAAAUAGAAUUCGGACUUCUCAGAACAAAAUCGUGUUAUUACAAAGUGACCCAAGACUCGAUAUGAUCGAAAACGAGUGAGCAAAAUUUAAUAACAGCCAAAAUAAUUAUUUUUGUUUUUCAAGAUGGAGAAAAUAUUAGUACUGUCAUUUGUUGCGCAGCUGUGUUUAGUAAUAAGUACAUCAGAAAUACCUGAUGUGAAUAUACUUUUCAAAAUGCCAGAAACUUCAAACCUUGUUUACAGUUUGGAUCGAGUUGAGGUUGAAUUACAUUCAAUGUCAAAUUCUCUUGGAAAAAUAUUACUUCAUGACAAUCACACAAUUAUUUGCUUUAAUCUACCUUGUGAAUUCAACAAUGGCGAAUGCCAGGGGAUGAUAUUUAUGUUUUUCCCGAAAGGUAUUGGAGAAGCGUUCUUCCCCAAAUCAUCAGUUCAAAAACAAAUCUCACCGCAAUUGGAGAAGCUGGGAACAAUUGUAGUCACGGAGGAGUGUAUGAUAAAAAUGCUAAGACAUGUGUAUGCCCCACUGGAUUUGCAGGACCUACAUGCACAGAAGCUUGUGGACCGAAUCACUUUGGUCAGAAUUGCAGCGGCAGAUGUUCAUCGUUUCAAGACGGUUGCAAGAACAUUAUAUUUUGCGAUACAUUUCGGAAUUGUUAUUGUGCCGCAGGAUUUAAAGGAACAAACUGUGAAAAAGAAUGCGAACCUGGGACUUAUGGAGCUAAUUGUCAAAAUUUAUGUGGAAGAUGUAAAGAAGGCUCCUGUGAUAAAUACACUGGUGAAUGCAAUGAUUUGUGUGAAGAAGGCUACUAUCCUCCAUUAUGCCAAAAGCGUAAGUAAUAACUAGUACAUACCUAGUAUAUUUAAUAUAAUUUUUUUUUUGUUACCUUUGUUACCUACACUGUUUUUACAUAUGUUCUAUCAGCUAAUUUAAAAAUAACCAUGCACAACAAAUAUAGUGUUUGAUAAAAUUGAUAAAAACGCUAAGCAAUUUGAAAAAAAAAAAAAAA